UUCAAUCACACCGGACCAAUUUUAUAUUACAAACUGCGCAACCAAUUAAGGCAUACAAAAUGCAGUUUUUUUGUUUCAUAGUUUGCGCAUUUGUCAUUGCACUACCGAAUAUUAUUCGUUCAGAAAAUAAUGUGGCUUCAUUUACUGAGGACGAUAUGCCAAAAUAUUGCGGACGACCACAUAUAAUUAAUUACGCAUAUGAUGGGACAAUAGAAUUACACUCAUCAUAUCCAUGGACUGUGCUUAUAGAAUAUUCAAGAAAUCAUAAAACAAGCAGAUCUCGAGCGGACUUCCGUUGUGCCGCCAAUCUUAUUCACACUAAUUACGCUGUAACAGCGGCAAGUUGUGUUUUCGGCUCUAAUCUAAAAUCCAAGCCUGUAUCUGUGCAAGUGGGAUCGUUGGAAGUUAAUGCGGGCAAAAAGAAAACUGAUGCUGUAGAUAUAAAAAUUGCCGAAAUGUUUGUCCAUGAAAGUUAUGAUCCAGAUUCAAUUUCGCAAAGCGAUGAUAUAGCAUUGCUUCGUUUGUCGCGGCCGGUUAAAGAUGACGAGGCAAUGCCAAUUUGUUUGCCGUUUGCUUCGCAUUUACCAUAA